AUGACGAUGUCUUCAAGGCUAUUAAACCGAUUUACGACGAACUCAGUUCUGAUGAACUUUUUAUCACGCUGCUUGGGAGGAUUCACGCAAAAUGUCAACGAAUCGUUCAAUUCUGUUGUGUGGUCGAUCGCUCCAAAAAUGACUUCAAGCGGAAAGGACAUCAUCAAUAUUGCGAUAAAUAUUGCUGUAGUAACAUUUAACGACGGAUUAUGCAGCAUUAUGAACAUCAUGGAUGUGCUCGGCAUUACCGUCGGCCGUCAAUGUUACGAGUUUUGUUUGCAAGUCGACUCGCGCCGCAUUCAACUCGCCGAGUCCUCGACGUCCGAAGCCGCCAAAAUCAGCCGUCGCGCAGCAAAAUCGGCCAAAAAGGAAGAAGAGCAGCACGACAUUGAUGUGGAAGGCCAGCUAUAUGGUGCUGGGAUAGCAGAGUAA